AUGGCACUGCAUAUAGUUCCUACAAACACGCCCAACACCGACGACCAGGUGAAGAACACCGAUUAUGCGCCAGCUGCUCCAUGUGCAUCGGGGGUGACAGACACACUCCGUUCUAAUGGCCCGAUACAGGUCGCCACCAUGAUUAACAACAGACAUCCAAUUGAAUCUCGGAUUCUCAACUGGGACAAGACCCAGUAUGCCAUGCAAAUGGAGACACGUCGCCGUGUUCAUGGGUUGGCCGACCCAAUCAAGAGGGAAAUGGAUUUACAUAUGGUACAGCUGAGUGAGGGGGUCUCUACAAUCAACGGCAACAGGAUCCACAGUGACAUGCUCUUGGGGAAGGACUGGCGUGUUGAUUGGGAAGAUAUAUAUGCUGACGAUGUUACUGCUUCUCCUUAUAAACUUUCUAAUGAUUUCCACUCUGUAAUGGAGAACCGCUUGGGAUUAUAG